AUGUCCAACGAUAUUCAGAUGGAUGAUGCAGGCACUGAAAAGCGGGAUGACUGGGUAAAGAUCACCAGUUCCGACGGCUACUCCUUUCUCGUGAAGCGAAGUGUCGCUGCGAUCAGUGGCACCCUCAAAAACAUGCUUAGCGAGGACAGUAGUUUCAGGGAGGCAAUUGCCAACACAUGUCCGAUCAGUGAACGCGCUGCUGUGGUCGAGAAGGUCUGUGAGUACAUGUCUUUUAAGGCCUAUUACGAGGGGCCUGGAUCCAAGGAGGGUGUUGAUGUGAAUGAAUUCACCGAACGCAUACCGCCCGAGGUGGCAUUGGAAUUGCUCCUUGCGGCUGAUUAUUUAGAAGGUGUGCUUGACUCUUCUAUAUGA